AUGUCAGCGCCGGAACAGCUGAUAUCUUACGAUGGUGAAAAAAGUGAAGAAAAGCCACCACUUCCAGAGUUCACUUUCAAGAACCUACUUCUCGAUGUAUUGGACGGAAUUAAAUACAUGUUGAAUGAUCCAAAUGCAAUACUCUUGUACUAUGUGUUAACAUGUCUUGCCGAAUCUAUGUUAAACAAGGUGAUCAUUCACAAUGUUGAUUACACAGAAAUUGAUUUCACCACGUAUAGACAACAGGUUCAAUUAGUGAAAAACGGGGAAUUGAAUUAUAAUAACAUUUAUGGUGAUUCUGGUCCGAUUGUGUAUCCAGCCGGUUUCAUCCAAAUAUAUUCGCUAUUGGACAGUAUUUAUAAGACCGAUGGAUUAGUUAUGAUUCAACAAGUCUUUCGAUUCUUGUUAACAGUAACGUUUGUCCUUUACAUCUUUGUCUACCAAUUUUCCAACAGAACUGGCGAAAAAUUCUUGCUUAAGAAACCUUGGAUAUUUAGUAUAUUAUUAUUGAGCAAAAGAAUGCACUCCAUAUAUGUAUUGAGACUUUUUAAUGAUUGCUUCGUCACAUUUUUCAUGGGGCUUGUCAUUCUUUUGUUACAGGUUACUACAAAAAUACCUGAUGGACAGGCCAGAGCUUGGUUGUUAUUUUUCACUUCAGCAGUUUAUUCGUAUGCCCUUUCCAUCAAGAUGAAUGCCCUUUUAUUUGCACCUGGCCUUUUUUACAUUCUUUACUUAUUCCAUGGUGGUCGCCUAGUUACAAUCGUUGUCCAUAUAAUCACCAUUUUAGCGGUCCAAGUGUGCGUUGCCUGGGACUUCUUACAACCAUUUGAUUUAUAUGGCCUUGAGGCGAUGGAAAUUAGAAACGCUUACUUAUCCAACGCUUUCAAUUUCAAUAGAAAGUUCUUUUAUGAAUGGACCAUCAACUGGAGGUUUUUACCAGAGGAUGUUUUCCAAAAUGAUAGUUUCCAUAAGCUCUUGCUUUGCAUCAAUGGGGUACUCUUGGCUGGGUUCGUGGUUAGCAGGUGGUGUACCAAUUUCAACCCAUUGACUGUUAUUGUCAAAUCUCUCGUAAAUCCUUUCAAAGCACAUUUGAACAACAAUUUGAACAACACUAGUGUCUCUUCGGCAUACAUUUUUUAUGUCUUGUCAAUCUCGAAUUUAAUUGGCGUGAUUUGUUCAAGAUCAUUACAUUACCAGUUCUUAUCGUGGUAUUACUUCCAGUUGCCAUUUUUAUAUGCGCUCGCUGGCUGGAAUUAUUACUUCAUUCCGGUAUUUCAUUUAUUGCAUGAAUUAUGCUGGUGUACAUAUCCUCCUAAUGAGAAGAGCUCACUUCUGUUAGUGAUGAUGCUAUUGUUUUUGUUGGGAAGUAUUUGGCGUAACAACCAUUUCAGAGACUACAAUGUCCUCCUCAAAGAAGAUGAGUCAAAAAAAAACAAAUAA